AAAUAAUAGCAGUCAUUGGAAUGUGGAAGAUUUAUGCAGAACCAGAAGUCUAUAUAGAUGGGAAUGGUCCAAACGUCUCUCUGUCAACACUUAUUCAUUCAUUAUACAGUAGUAUAGUUUCAACGAAGUUACAGGUGAGUUGGGGUUCAAAGUUUGAAACUUGGAACUUUAGAUUUGAUUAGCUGGAUUAAGUAGUAGCCCCCUUUUGGGAGAAAAUUUUGUACCAAAGUCAAAAGGGUACUGAGGUGAGGCGAUGGUGGUGAUGUAUGGGUGGUAAAAGAGUGAGCUCUUGUGCAGAAAAUGAAAAGGAAGCAGCCUGCGGAAUGCCAAGCUUUAUUCCAACAUUGUCCAUUUCCACUGCACUUUGCACAGAGGGAAGUUCUGUCCGUUCUAGUCAAGUAGCUGACUUUGAGGCGCUUGAACAAUCCAUUGGAUUUCGCAUAGAGGAUGUUAUUGGCUUGAGUGGAAUGUUCAAUUCAACAAAACAAAGAGGCCAAGCAGUUGCUUCUGAUCCAUUUCAUAUAAUUAGUUUUAUUAAGUCAGCAACUUCUGUUGAUACAACUAACGCUGGAGUGGAGUCUCGUAAGCUGCAAUUACAGAAUAGUCAACUAUCAAAUCUGGUUUCUGUACCUAAUCGUAGUGUGGAGAAUUGGGGAGACUCGACUAUGGCGGAUGGAAGUCCUAGGACCGAUAUCUCAACUGAUGUGGAAACAGAUGAUAAAAAUCAGAGGUUUGAAAGGGGUCAACAACUUGCAAUCGUGGCUUCUGAUUCCAGUGACAGAUCAAAGGAUAAAUCAGAUCAGAAGACUCUUCGCCGGCUUGCCCAAAAUCGUGAAGCUGCAAGAAAAAGUCGCUUACGGAAGAAAGCAUAUGUCCAGCAGCUAGAGAGUAGCAGACUUAAGUUGACUCAACUAGAGCAGGAGCUCCAGCGAGCAAGACAGCAGGGAAUCUUCAUAUCGAGCUCAGGAGAUCAAGCCCAUUCAAUGAGUGGAAACGGGGCUAUGGCAUUUGAUGUAGAAUAUGCACGGUGGUUGGAAGACCAAAACAGGCAAAUUAAUGAGCUGAGAUCAGCUGUCAAUGCUCAUGCCAGUGAUGCUGAACUUCGUAUUAUUGUUGAUGGUGUCAUGGCACACUAUGAUGAUAUUUUCAGGCUAAAGGACAUUGCAGCAAAGGCUGAUGUUUUCCAUUUAUUGUCGGGCAUGUGGAAAACUCCUGCUGAGAGGUGUUUUCUGUGGCUUGGUGGUUUUCGAUCAUCUGAACUCCUCAAGCUUCUUGUGAACCAAUUGGAGCCUCUAACAGAGCAGCAAUUGAUGGCCAUUGGGAACUUGCAGCAAUCAUCUCAGCAGGCAGAAGAUGCAUUGUCCCAGGGUAUGGAGGCAUUGCAGCAAUCCCUGUCUGAGACACUUUCUAGUGGAUCUCUUGGCUCCUCGGGUUCAUCUGGGAAUGUUGCAAACUACAUGGGUCAAAUGGCAAUGGCCAUGGGAAAGCUAGGGACUCUUGAAGGAUUUAUUCACCAGGCUGACAAUCUGCGACAGCAAACACUGCAACAAAUGCACCGUAUAUUGACAACCCGCCAAUCAGCUCGUGCACUCCUUGCAAUACAUGACUAUUUCUCCAGACUUCGUGCACUUAGUUCCCUUUGGCUUGCUCGUCCGAAGGAAUGAAAAGCUUUUCAACUUCACCUGUAAGAUUAUAGGCCUUGCUCGGAGUUUUAGUGGCAUAGAUGACUUUGGAUCUGGCACAAGGGUCAGCUUGUUCUAUUGACAUGGUUAUGUUUUCUUCUUAGUUAAUUAUUUAUUUUUCCUGUGUUGUAGAUUAUCAGUGUACUCAUCAAUACCGAUGUUGUAUCCAGUAAUCAUACAAUCAUGGAGUUCUUGUUGUCGUUGUAGAAAUGAUGUUUGAUGAAAAUGUACAUGUGUUUUUCUUUAAA